AUGAAGUUUGUGCCACUUGCAAUUCAUCUUUAAACAAUUGCAGAAUUGUAUGAGAAAUGCGCUCAACUUUCUGAAUAAUUGCAUGAGUAAAACUUUAAAACUGAUCAAGAUGCUAAAAGUACAAAUGAGAACACACAAAAUUCGGAAAGUAUUGAAAUCGAUGAAAUCCAAAAUUAUUCUCCUAAAUCCUAAGCAACUAAAACAAAAGAUAAUCUUAAAUCCAACAUUAAAAAACUCAAAACUCAAAAUCAUAAAAAAGUAUAGAGUUAAUGUUCAGAUUGCAGUCAAGUCUAUGAAGUUAAAGUAAGGAAGAAAAGUAAAAAAUAUAAGCAUACUUAAAAAAACAACUAAAAAACUAAAAAAAGUCGAUAAUUAAUCAAAAAACUAAGAACAUAACAAUAAUCAAAAUAAUUUGAAAUAGAUUUAAAUGAAAGAACUAAUAGUGAACAUUCUAAAAUCAGCAAAAGUGAAAUUAACAAUGUUUGUACACUGGAUAAUUAAGAUCAAGGAGAUGAUAAUUAAAAUUAAGAAAGUCAAGAUGAAUUUGAAAUUUCAUUAUGA